GCUGACUUCAAAUCCUAUAAUGGCGAUUGUGCGUUCAAUAAGAUGACAUACAACGGAAUGAGGUCGGUGUUCGUACAUUAAAUCAACAAAAGCCUUUACUUAAUAUAUUUGUCUUUUUUUGUAAUGCAUUAGAAUGAAUAAAUGUUAGUAAUGGGAGACUUGUUUGAUAUCGCAAAUUUAAUAACAACUGUCGGCGUUGAUAAAAUAAAAAUUAAGCCGGAGCCUGGAUUACCAGAGAAAUCAUCAAAUGAAAUAUUGACAGAGUUGUUUAGUACAUUUGAUGCUGAAGAAGGAAUAGUAUCACCUAUAAAUACUGAUCAGCAAGUUCCAAAUGCUAAUAUUAAAAUCGAAAACCCUAAUGAAAUUAAGAUCAAAAAGAAAAAGUCUAAAAGAAAACAUAAACAUAAAGACAAAAAGCAUAAAAAGAAAUCAAAACGUUAUUCCUCUGAGAGCAAUAGUGAUCUUGACAGUAACAGUGUUAAGAAGAAGAAAAAACAUAAAAAGAAGACAAAAAGGAAGCAUGAAAAUGAUUCAAGUAGAUCAUCAGAUACUGAUGAACCCAAAAGUAAAACAACAAAACUUGAUACUUAUGAUAACAUAAAAAGGAAAUGUCAUAACAAAGAUAAUGGAUUAGAAAAAAAAAAUAUCAGUGCAUCAGAGAAUGUCAAAGAAUUAGUGUUAGUUAAAAAUGAAUCAAAGAUAACAGAUGCUUUUUCAAACGAGCCAGAUAGUCCUCAAUUGCCACCUAUUUCAAAAAAAGUUCAGGAUGAAUCUGAAGAGCAGUUAAUACCUAUAAUUCUUGAAAAACCAAAACAGGCAGUUCAAGGAAAAAUCCUAAUAAAAGACCUCAAAAAUAGUGCAGUAUAUAAUGAGACAGUGAAAGAAAUAGAAAAUAAAGAAAAAGAAAAGGCUGCCAGGAUGGAAGAUGGCGAAUUAUCUGAUACUAGUACAGACAAUAGAACAUUAAGUCCAGGUCCAAUACACUGUAGUUUACAUAGAUCAUCAACGUUAAGUCCAAGCUUGGAAAAAGUGGAAAAUAAAGGGUUGAGUCUUUCAAAAGGAGUAACUGCAAAAAAUGAUUUGAGACUUAUUUUGAGAGAAAAAGAAAAGAAAAGAUUAGGAGAUGUGGAUAAAUCAAAAUUAUAUAUGGAUAGUGAAUAUAAAGAUAAAAUAUGUAACUAUACCAAUAAAACUGGAAGCAGAGAUAGUAAGCAUAGUCAUAAUUGUCAUUUAGAAGAAAAGAAAAGAUCUUCGGAAUCUAGAUCAUGUACAAGUUCACAUAGAAGUAGAAGCAGAGGUCGAGAUAAACGAAGAGACAGAAGUACAGAUCGACACGAUAAAAGUCGAAGCAGUGAUAGACAAAAAGUUACGAAAUGUAGAGAAAGGCGAAGACAUAGCAGAGAUAAAAGCAGAGAUAAGUAUGGGCGGGGACGAAGUAGAAGUAGAAGUAGGGAACGAAAGGAAAGAAUAGAAAUUGAUAAGAAAAAAUUGUUGGAAAUAGCAAGGAGGAAUGCAAUAAAUAUGAUUAAACAAGGAACAUUACCAUUAGUACAACAGGACAAAGCUAUUGCUGCAAUACAAGCUGGUGGAAAAACGGUAGAUGAACUUACAGAUUUUUGUAAAUCGUUAUCAAAAUCUGAAGCAUUGGGAGAACUUUCUAGUAUCUCUUCAGAAGAAGAUGGAAGUGAGUCUGAGAAAGGCUUUCAUCAUCCAUUUCUACUUAAGGGACGACCUAGUUCUAUUAUAAUGAAUAUUCGAGAUGCAAAACAAUUGCCUACCAAAACAUUCCAAGAAAAAACUGUAGAAUCGUCAAACCAGCUUCGUUUACAAUUUCCUGUAUCGAGUGGACAACAUCAUAGAAAAAGCGAAAACGAGUGGGUACCAGUUACACCAAAAAAACCAGAACCAAAAAAGCAAUUUGUACCACCUUCUGUACCGACUGAACCUUCUGUUAUAAUGCCUCCGACUGCUCCUGUAUAUCCAGUGCAAUCAACUAUUUUUCCCCAACCAACAGCGCCAGAGACAGUGGAUAUUGGUUCGAUAGUAUCCCAAAGAUUAGCAGCAAUGAGAAAAUUAAGAGAAAAUCCAAAUGAUGUGUUUGCUCAGAAUGAAAUGUAUCGUGCUCAAAAUGAGAUGAAGACGUGGGCUGAGAGCAAACAAAUGCCAGGGCAGUUUACUGGCAGUACUGGAGCCAAAGUGCUCUCACCUGCAGAACUUACUUCAGGUUAUCAAGCCUGGGCUCGUAAGGAUCAGUUAGUAUCAGCACAGCCUGUUUCGGGUGGGAUGGGUAUGGCUUUACUACAGAAGAUGGGUUGGCGACCAGGGGAGGGUUUGGGAAAAAAUAAAGAAGGUACACUUGAGCCCUUGCAGCUUGAAGUAAAAUUGGAUAAAAGAGGCCUAGUUUCAGAACAAGAUAUUGGACAAAAAGUGGGAAAAGCUACAAAACCGCUAGUACCGGCAAUUAAAACUUUGGAAGGAAAACAUCCAGUAUCGUUAUUGGGUGAAUAUUGUUCAAAGCGGAAACUUGGUGCUCCAGUUUAUGAACUGUGUUUUGAAUGUGGACCAGAUCAUAGAAAAAAUUUUCUUUUUAAAGUUAAAGUUAAUGGAAUUGAAUAUAAACCAAGUGUGGCAAGUCCUAAUAAAAAACAAGCUAAAGCAGAAGCAGCACAGAUUUGCUUACAAACUUUAGGAUUAUUACCUGAACCUAGUUCUAUGCCUGUUUUAAAACCUUAGUUACUAUAGUAGCUUGAAAAAGAAUUAUUACUUCUUUCAAAAUAAUAAAUAAAAAUGUAAAACAGUGUACAAAGUUUGUAAAGUUACAAAAAAUAAGUUAAACAUCUUUUCUAAUUUACUAUGUA